CUUGUUUCUUCCAAACUGCACAAAAAAUUACAGCACCUCUAAAUGCCCGCGAUAGUGUUUAUACUUGUCCACAAAGUCCAUAUUUUUGUGAAAUAUUAAAUCAUAAGUCAUGGCGAACACGCAGACACACGCACAUGAAAACACACAGAUGCACCGCGUUGUGGCCACUAUUAAUAACGAAACAAAUGAGUAGCGCGGCGCGCGUUUGUGAAAUAAAACACGCUUCCCCGGCCGACUUGAUAUCUGCAGCGCUCUCGCCGCGUUCGUCGCUUGUUCGGUUGUUACGCGGUUUUGGUGCUUUUGUUUUUUGCGAAUUUUGCCUGCUGGCCACGGUGGGACGCAUCGAGGAAAACAACAAUUCUAUAAUAUUACAAGAUAAUUACAAAAAAAAUUGUUAUGUAUAUCACACCGAACGUCCAGCGCACCUACAGGAGGUACACCUAUAAAAACAAACGCGAAUCUACCGGCCGACUUUAGUUAAACAUCAAACGCGCGCCAAGAACCAAAUACAGUAAAAGUGAAAAUGCGCGCCAUAAACUUAACGCUGUUCGCGGCCCUGUGCCUGGGCUGCGGCGCCCAGCUGCCCAAAUUCAAAGUGAUCAGGGAGUGGAAGUACAUCAACUUCACCUGGGCUGACGAGCAGACCUACGAGCAAGCGGAAACGAAUGGCUUGUACAUACCUAAGAACAUCGUUGUUUCCGGCUUGAAGCACUUCGAGAAUCACUACUACAUAACUCUGCCCAGGAUGAGGGACGGGGUUCCAGCUACGUUAGCAAGAAUACCCUCAGGGUUCACCAGGAGUACUGCCCCUCUAUUGGAGCCCUACCCUUCUUGGUCAAUGAAUAUGCAAGGCGACUGCAACGCGUUGCAAAACGUGCAAAACAUAGAAAUUGACCCCAGGGGCUACCUGUGGAUUAUCGAUGGGGGUAGAGUUGAGACCCUCAACCCCAAACCCAUCAUAAAGUGCCCUCCAAAGUUGAUAAUCUACAAUAUCAUGAAUAACAUUGCCAUGACAACCUACACUUUCCCAGAUGAAGUUGCAAGUUUCAAUGGAAGUUACUUAUACGAUUUGGUUUUGGACUUCUCUGAUGGAGGCUACGCCUACAUCACCGAUAACAGCGGAAAAGACCCAGGUUUGAUCGUUUACUCGCUAAAAGAGAACAAUUCCUGGAAAAUCCGCCACGGGCCAUCGAUGAGGGCCGACCCUAACGCCGCUCAGUUCAGAGUGAACGAGGUGACAAUCUCCGCGCCAAUCAACAUAGCCGGUAUCGCGUUGGGCCCUAAGGUCCAAGCAAGCGACGACAAGGUCAAAAUAAGUGAAGAUCGCGAAGUCUACUACGCACCCCUGUCCAGCUUGCGAUUGUUUUCGUUGAACACCACCGUUUUGAAGGAUGUGAAGAGCUCGAAUAACGGAAACGAGUACCAAGGCGCGGUUAUGGAUCUAGGGGAAAAACCCUCUCAGUCGGUGGGUAUGAUUAUGGACAAUAAGGCCAACUUGUACUAUGGACUUUUGGGGACGAAUGCUGUCGCCAAAUGGGACACCAAGAUGACCUUCCAGGGUAACCAAAGACCCAUCGCGAGAGAUCCAGAAUAUUUACAAUGGGUCACUUCCUUUACCUUCGACAACGGCAACCUAACCGUCCUGGUUAACAAGUUGAACAAAUUCAUCUACAACGGUUAUAAUGUAAACGAAGCCAACUUCAGACUCAUCACGGCGUUCAUCGACUCCAAAUCCUAUUUGGAGGACAAUUUCGCCUACGACACCAACGAAUAUUCCACCAAAGAACCUCAAGCCUCAACUUCAGACCAGAUGUAUCACAACCAUAUGGAUCACAUGGCCCAUAUUAACGGUAACAUGGACACCCCUUCAACAGCUUCCAAAUUCUUCCUAAGUUCAGUGGUUGUUCUUGUUUCUCUAGUUUUGAUGUUGUGAUGUAGAUGAACUUGUGAUAUGUAUAUUUUUUUUAUUAAUGCCAUAGAAUAUUGACAUUGGUCAACAAGAUAAAAUAUUUUGACUGGUGUAAAAAACUAAUUGUAGUCAAGAAAAUAGUCAGUAUAUUUUAAUUUAUUGUAAAAUAAACAUUAAAUACCCAACAAGCGUUUGAUUUCAUUAUAUAAUGAAGCUAAAAAUACCUAUAAUAAAUACAUUGCAAUUAUUUUAUAAUUGAUUUAAUAAUCAAUAACUGUAAAAACUUUCCUUAUUAGUUAAUGCAUUUUAUGGAAUUUUUUUACAAAAUAUAAUUAUUACUGUGUAAAAAAUAUGUUGACCAUAAUGUUUAGCAGCGUGUAAAUUUUCUGUGAUGUUUAUUUGAAUAUUUAAUUUUAACAUUUGUUAUUAUUAUUCUCUAUUUACCGACCUUGGAUGGGACGACCUGUAAUUUUGUCAUUGUUUUUUAAGACUUAAGUAUGGGAAAGCACUAAAAAUACUUACCUUUGUUUUAUUGGUUUGGAUAAAUAAAAAUAUGUUUUAAUACAGCUAUCUUUUUAUUAAAAAAAGAAACAUACAUUUUUGCUGGUAUUACAAAAUAAAACUAAACAUAAAAUUAAUGGUGUAUAUUUUCUAUAAAUUUAAUAAUAUCUUUCAUAUUUAAAAUUAUUUAGAAUUACAAAUAUUUAAUAAUACAACAUAUUUACAAUAAAUAUUUGUAAUUGUACAUAAUAAAUUUAUCUAUACUUUUAUUUAUAAACUAAGAUACUUCUAUAACAAAUAUACAUUAUAGUACUUUUUAUGUACAUAGCUUAAACAUUUUAGUUAUUUAUAUUGCAUUUUGUAGAAAAUAAUAUAAAAUUAUAAAUUUAGAUUCCAGUUAAAUAAAAUAUAUAUCGCAAAACUGUACAAAUAAAGCGAAAGAUCACAAUAUAAAUAUUUAAAAUAGUUUUAUUUAUAUUCAUUCUCAGUCAAAAUCAAAAGUUUUUUAGUAAUAAGAUCUAUAUUUUUUAUCAAAUCUAAUUUUUACAGCAAGUCUAAAAUCGACUACAAGAUAUGAAACGUAUUUCAUAUUUUUUGUUCCCAAUACAUAUUUAAUUCAAAAAUGAAAAAGUAUAACCCAUCAAGAUUCAUUUAGUAUCACCAAAGGCAGUGCCAUAUUUUUCAAUACAAUUCCUUUAUUAUAUCUUUUUAGUUCGAGUAAAAAAAAAUACUGAUCAACCAAAUAGAAAUUUCAUUUAGAACAGAGUACAGGAUAUCGAACUGAUUGCUGCUCUAAAAUCGCACUAACAAUUCAAGAAUCAGUUCGCAACACCCUGUAUAAGUAUAUCACACAAUUUAAAUACUAAAAAUAGUUGGGGGGGGGCAGGGUAGGCGUUUAUUUUUUGCUAGGGAAAUUCAACAAUCAAAUGUAAGUGAACUGUUAUGAUAACCGAAAGUUAAGUUUCUUGGUUUUUUACGCAAGUCAAAAACGCCACGUUGUCAAUUUUCCACAAAUUGCAAUGUUGCCAAAUUUCCGAAAAUGAGAGCGUUGCCAAAUUCCGAUUUCAAUAAAAUUAUAUAAGUAUAUAUAUAAGCGUAUAAUAAUUUUCAUAAAACAUUUAAUUAGAAUAUUCCUUUAAGAAUCUGUCACAUCAUUUUAGGUUAGGUUCAAAUGACAUGAUGGCAUUUUGGUUUCGUUUUUGUACGAAUUUUAACUUCGUACAAAAAGGAAGCUAAAAUGUCAUCAUAUCAGUGGAACCUAACACAAAAUGAUGUGACAGAAUCUUAAAGAAAUUAUAAAAGAGAAUUUAUAUAAAUAAAUUAAAAAUGUUUGUAUAUAAACGCAACAUUGCUUAAUUUUUAAAAUUUGCAAUAUUUACAAAUUUUCAAAAAUUUCCAAAAAUUGCAAUGUUGUCGAAUUUCCAAAAAUGUGAACACAUUAAAACAUUUUAAUGUUAAAAAAUCAUAAAUUUUGUGAUGAUUGUAAAAAAGUAAAAAGAAAAUCUAAUUUGUUUAAAUUAAAAAAAAAUGUUUGUAUGUAAAUGCAACGUUUACAAAUUUUGUGGUCAAAUUUCCAAAAAUGUGUUUUAAUGUUAAAAAAUCAUGAAAUUUGUGAUAAUGGUGAAAAAGAUCCAAAAAUUACAAUUGUCAAAUUUUCAAAAAUGUGCUUUAAUGUAAAAAAAACAUGAAAUUUGUGAUAAUGGCAAAAAAGAAAAAAAAAUCGAAUUUAUGUGAAUUUAAAAAAAAAUUGUAUACAUGCAUAAUUUUGUUGUAAAAAAUUAUAACAUUUUUAUAAAAUUGUAAUAUCAUUUUUAAAAAUGUAAAAAAACAAUUUAUGUUAAUUAAAAAAUAUGUUUGUAAAUAUUUUUUCUACGACCACUAUGUAAAAGUCACUUUUCAUGAUGGCAUCGUUGCUUAGAAAAUGAAUCUUUUCAUUGGCAAGGCAAAACACGAAUGUAAAGUGACAUUUCUGUGUGAUAAGUGACAGAUCUGUGUGAAAAGAACCGGAAAGCAUCGUUUGACAUUCAGCUGUCAAAAAAGUUUUUAGGUUAUUUUGUUUUGUAUUUAAAAAUAAUAAAAAAUAAAAGGGUCGCAGAAAAAAACAUUGUGUUAUACUUGUGAGAAAAGCUUUCUUCAAGCUCGUGUUAAUGCACACUCGGCCUAACGGCCUCGUGGGCAACUUAAAAACUCGCAUGAAAAAGUCGCUUUUCAACACUUGUAAAACAAAUAACUAUUAAAAAUAAGGUUGCUAAAUUUGCAAAAUUGCCAUGUUGUAAAAUUUCCAAAAAUUGCAACGUUGACAAAUUUCCGAAAAUUGCGACGUUGUCAAAUUUCCGAAAAUUGCGACGUUGUCAAAAUUUUGAAAAUUGCGACGUUGUCAAAUUUCAGAAAAUUGCGACGUUGCCAAAUUUGAAAAAAUUGCGACGUUGUCAAAUUUUCGAAAAUUGCGACCGAAAAUGAGACGUUGUCAGAUUUCAGAAAAUUGCGACGUUGCCAAUCGUCCGAAAAUUGCGACGUUGUCAAAUUUUCGAAAAUUGCGACGUUGCCAAAUUUGGAAAAAAUGCGACGUUGUCAAAUUUCCGAAUAUUGCGACCUUAUCAAAUUUGGAAAAAAUGCGACGCUGCCAAAUUUGUAAAAAAUGCAACGUUGCCGGAUUCACGCAUUUUUUCUUGCGUAAAAAACGCAAAAUCGGCAAAAAAAAUCCGAGAAGAGGGCGAAGAAUCACAGGCAAACAAAUAAACCCUACCCGAUUUUUCUUACCUAAUAGGACGCCAGCACGUUGCCGUUGGCGGUCGGCACGACGACCGGGUGCGGGUUGCCCGCGUGCAGGUUCAGGUGGCCGCCGUUGUUCGCGACCUGCUGGUUGCCCGCGUUCGGCUGCUGCUGGCUGCCGGGGACUGAGGGGGCCGAGGGGGCGGCUAUGUUGCCGCCGCCGCCGCCGUUGGGCGGGCCGGCUUGCUGCUGCUGCUGCACCUGCGGUAUGUGGAUGUUGUUUGCGAUGGUGGCGGCGAUUGUGGCGGCUAUCGAGGCGGAGGUGGCGCUCUGUUGCUGCGCGGUCUGGUUUUGAGAUUGUUGCACGUUCUG